AUGGUAAAGAUUGUUGAUCCACAAAAGAGAAUGGUAACUUUCUUGAAAAGAAGAGAAGGUAUCAAGAGUAAAGCGACUGAACUGUGCAGGUUAUUUGCAGAUAUAAUUGUCUGCAUAAUCGUAUUCUCUCCUGGUGGAAAGGCUUUUACCUUUACUAAUUCUCCAGUGGGUGUCUGUAAUAUGGUUCAACGGUUCCUGGAAGAACAGAGGAAAGGUAAGAAACAAGAAAGAGAGAAUGUUCAUAGAAGUAAGAAUUCUACACAGUGCAGAGACAAGGCUGGUGUUGGGAAUGGGAGUACUGAUAGCUUUUGGUGGCAUAAUAUAGACAGUGAAGAACUCGGUUCAUGUGGAGAAGUUAAAGCCUUUGAUGAAGACUGUAUCAUUGAAGACAGAAAUGUGGAAGAUGCUGCAACAAGUAUUACUGAAAAGCAUGAAGCUGGGGAGACAUGUUGCAAAGAUCAGCAUAAUCUUGAUCUAAGUCUUAAUCUUGGGUGGUAG